GACAAGAACCCCCGCGGUUUUCCCCCCAGCUGUAGCCGCCGGCAUCCCCUCUGACCCCGGACACUUCGGGGUCCGCGCCCUGGUUCUCCCCGCGGGGCUGGACGGGGAAGGGGAGGGCGGACCGGGGCAGGAGAACUUCCUGCCCCGCCCUUCCCCGCCCUUCAGGUGAAGCCGAGCCACGGACGCGGGAGCUGCUGCCGACCAUGGCCUACCGGGAGCUGGUGAGGCGCUGGCACCAGGGAGUGCUGGCGGCCGACGGCGGGGACUGGGACACGGCCCUCGACAUCUUCGCCGGUAUCCCGGGACCGCCGGCCAGGAUCUGCUUCAACAUGGGCUGCGUGCACCUGCUGGCGGGGCGGCCCGAGGCGGCACUCAGGGCGUUCAAUGACACCAUUGCCAAGGACAGCUCUCUAGCUGUUGGCUUUUUUCAGAGAGGGUUUGUCCAUCUGCAGCUGGGAAGGUAUGAAGAAGCUCUCUGUGAUUAUCAUAUGGCUUUCAGCCACCUAAGAAAAAAUCCUUUCAUUGAUUACAAGCAGCUGGGGCUGAGGCACAUCCUCUAUGCAUGGGAGGUCCUGUACAGCACUGCAGCAGCCCAGUGCCAGCUGCAGCGGUGGCAGGAGGCCAGAGUCACCCUGGACAAGGCUGUUGUGUGGAGACCUGAAGGAAGAACAGCAAUCCUGGACCUGGCCUUUCAGCAGGUGCAGAACCGGCUAUUUUUAGAGCCCAUGCAGGUUCCUCUGGGGGAAUUUUUCAGACCACGAAAGAAGGAAGUUGAACAGCUGGAUUCAAAAGACUUCCUGGGUAAACCCAAGGUGAUCUCAUCCAUCAUUCCCAAUGAUGAGUACAUUGGCUUCGAGCCUCUCAGGCCUCAGAAACAGGGCUUUUAUGAACCUGGUGCUGAUGCUUUGCUAGAAAGUGAGUCAGGCUACUACCGGGUGUUGUCCCAUUACUACCCCAAGGACUCAGAGAAGCUGGCAGUGAGAGCCAGCAGCUUGGUCUUUGUGCUGACAAGAGGAGGGGAUGGCUGGGCUACAGCCAUACAUGAUGGACAGAAGCUGCGCAUUCCCAGCUCGCUCCUGGAGCCUGCCUCAAAGAUGGAUAAAUGGAAGAUCAACGAUGGGAUUCCUCUCCCUCCUGCCCAGGUGCCUCCCAGCCGACUCCACAUGAAGCAGAAGCCAGAAUCGGCUGGGGUAGAAAAUGCCCCUGUAAAUGGUGCUGGUGCUCAAAUGGACUACAAGCAGAUCCCAGUGACCUGUGGGGACGCUUCCCCCAGCAAUGCCAGGCCCAUGGUGCUGCGGGUGUGCUGCGAGUGCACAAUGAUGCUGAGGGCAGGCACAGCUCCGGCGCUGCAGGACCUGCGGGCACUGCUGCGGGAGUGCCUGGGGCAGCAGGCGCAGCGAGGGAGGCUCAGCUACAAGAAUUCGGAUGGCAAGGAACUGGGAGCAGUUUCGGGAGAGGAGGAUCUAGGGAGGAUGUGGCAGCAGCUGACGGAUGGCAGGCUGGUGCUGUGUUGCCAGGACUCAGAGUCCCACUCGGGCAGACCCAUCCUCUACCGGAUGCUGGCUCAGCACUCCUACCCUGCACAGGGACCAGGGGACCUGGACUUCAGCAAGGGAGAUGUGCUGGAUGUUCUCUCUGAAGUGAAUGAGGACUGGCUGGAAGGACACUGCAAUGGCAAGACUGGCAUCUUCCCCAAAUGCUUUGCAACCCAGACCAGUUGUGGUGCUGCCUUCCUAUAGCAAACAGGAGCCUUUUACUGCCCGACUGCACUGUCUCCCAGGGGUGGGAGGCCCCAGUCCCAGUUUAUUCAGCCACAGCCAGGAGCUCUGCUGAACCUGGACAGGAGAUGUCCCUCACUCACAGAUCCCAUGAGGUCAGCUCUAGCAGUCCAACAGCAUCUUCUACAGCCUGUUCCCAGACCUGGCAUUUUUACUUCUGUGCUUACACUGCCAAAGAUGUGCCUGUGCAGGGCAGAGAGAAGGGAGAGGGAUCUGAUGUUUGGUUAUGGAAAAUGUCCAAGUGCCGCUGGCUCAGACCUUCCAGGUGGGAAGAGGUUCCUGUGGAUGGAGGUCUUUACCCCCUCUCCAUGUUGCUCAAGUUCAGGCUGGAGGGCUGAGCCUCACCCUAGUGAAGCCAAAGACUGUGAGCAGGAGGCAGAGCCCUGGUCCCCAGGCCCUUGGCUCACAUGUCCUUAUCUCCACCACACAGAAAUGCUGCUCUUUCAAAUGGCUUUUCUAACCUGUUUCCAGUGGGGUGAAUGGGAUAACAGCUUGGGUUAGGACCACCAUGUAUCAUCUUCCACAGCAAAUACCCUGCAGAUCUGCCAGAGCCAAAGGGCUCUGACCAUUCCUCAGUCCAGAUGCUUUUGAUACUUUCCUCCAGCCCUUACAUCCUGCCUGGAUGCUCCUUCAUGCUGCAUGGGCAGAAGAGAUCUUGCAGUGCAGAGGAGAGGUGGCUGGGGAGUACCCCUGCUCAGAGCAGCCCUUUGGAGGGGCUGGGCAGGGGGCUGCUGAGCUGGAGCUGGGAGGAAUGACGUGACCAUCCGAUUCCUGCCCCGAGCUGUGCUGGGCUCUUCUGAGCUGGAUGAACCACUGAAUCGCCUGGAGCUGGAACCCGUUAGGGAUUUGGUGUCUGACAGAGCUGAGCUGUGUAACUGGAAUAUCCAAUAAACCCUGAGCCACAGUUGGCAGCUCUUCA